AUGCUUUUGAAAGAUAAAGAUUAUAUCGACAACGAGUAUUAUGCUUAUAAUCGUCGAUUUUUUCGAGUCAUUGGCUUAUGGGAAUAUCAGACAUCGCUUAGGAAACUGGUUUAUGUUUGUAUCAUCAAUUUUAUGAUUGCCAUUGGAUUAUAUCAACAGAUUUAUACGCUCCUGACGUCUGAAAGAAAUUUAAAAUCGAUCGCCAAAUUAUUGGAAAUUACCUUGCCUACAUUAUGCUUCGGAUCUUGCUAUUAUAAUCUAUUAUCGAACGGUGCAAUCAUGAAAAAAAUGUUGUAUCGUAUCAAACAUGAUUGGGACGAGCUAGCGAAUAAACCUGAAUUAAUUAUAUUGAAAAAAUAUGCUUAUGUAAGCAGAUUGUGCACAGUUACAAUCGCAGUAUGUUUCUAUCUGUAUAUCGCAUUUUUGGUGUUUCCAUCAUUGUUAAGUAACUUUCGUUAUAUCUUUGGUGCAAUAAGGGAAACCGAAUUAGUUUUACCAAUUGCUUUUAACGUGAAAAAUCAAAUGCGUUAUUAUUUGGAACUUUCACUGCAAUGCAUAAAUAUAAGCGUAUUAUGCACUGUAGGAAUAGCUAACUAUUCAAUGUUCAUAGCAGUUAUACAGCAUGCUUGUGCACUGUUCAAUAUUAUAAUAUGGAGAGUACUAUGUUUCGAUCUAACUAACACCGAAAAAUUAACAAACAUUUGUUACGUCGUUGCAUCUCUAUUUGUGAUAUACGCUUAUUUUCAUUUUGGACAAAAAUUAAUAGACAACAACGUCAACGUAUCUCAAACAUUGUAA